AAAGUUGUUUAUUUGAGGAGUACUUGUUGUGCUAAGUGUAUGAUGAAAGAUAUAUUUAGUUUAAUUUUUUUACUUAUUUGAGGAGUACUUGUUGUGCUAAGUGUACACAGAAAGAUAUAUUUAGUUUAUUUUUUAGUUUUAUUUUUAAAGUAGUUGGAUAAAUUUCACUUUUAUUCAUAUUAAUUUAAAUUAAAUAAAUGACACAAUUCCGAGCACCGAUUAAAUACAGUAACUUAAUACUUUCAAUUCCGAUUGAUUUGGAAAUAGUUUUCAAGCACCCGGUUAGAACCGCAGUAGCUGCGUUUGCGUUGUUGAUUGGUGCAAUAGUAUUUUUGAAUGAAUAAAGGAGCAAAUGUUGGAGGCGGUGGACCUACUGCCGCCGCUGCCGCUGCGGCAGGUCAAAAGCAGAAGAGCUUACUACAGAGGUUGGAUGCUGAUAUUGGGAAUAUUGUUGACAAUUAUGGCUUCAUUGUUAACGCUGCACGGGUCAAUGAUCCGCCAGUAAGAAAUUCGCAAGAAGCAUUUAUGAUGGAGAUGCGUGCAUCUAGAAUGGUCCACGCAGCUGAUUCACUGCUUAAGUUGGUGUCGGAGUUGAAGCAAACAGCUAUGUUUUCAGGAUUUGCAUCCCUAAAUGAUCACGUGGAGCAGAGAACAGAAGAAUUUAUGGAACAGGCUGAGAAAACAGAAUGCAUGUUGUCUAGAAUUGGAGAAGAGGCAGCUGCUAGCCUUAAGGAGCUUGAGUCACAUUAUUAUUCUUCUGCAGAAAGAACCAGUAGUCUGCCUUCUUACGGCGAAGAAACAAUGCCCUAAACAUGGCUUCAAUCGUUUUAUCUUUCCCGUUGAUUUUCCCUUUCACUCUCUCUCUCUCCCUUCCUCUUUCGAAGUAUAUUUGUCUACCUUGAAGGUAUACUUACUGUGUGGUUACUGGACAAACAAUCUAUAGAUGAGAAAUUCAAUUUGGUCCCAA